GCGGGUGGGUUCUCGGGGCGCUCUCCGAGCGCUGGACUGGACCUGGCCGCAGCGGGCUCGCCGAGGUCUCCUGCCGCUGCGUGUUCGAGGGCUCGGACACGACCGACGGCCUGGUGGCCAUCCUCCGGGAGCAGCUGGCACGCUGCGGCCCGGAGCACCUGCAGGGGGUCGCGUGCCAGCCCUGCCCUCCGUGCCCGCUCCCUCCUGGGCACUACACGGGGCUCGACCUCUGCGGCGCGGCCGUGGUGGGCGUGGCCCUUGGCGCUGGGCUGGCGACCGCGGCCUGGCUGGCGGCUGGAUCGCCGGGUCGGCCGGCGGUGCGAGCGCGCGCCCUCGCCGUCGAGGACGACGCCGGCGGCACGCACGUGGCGACGCCGUCGGCUCUCGGGUACGAGGACGACGAGAAUUUCCAGUGGCAUCACCGCGUGCUGCUGGUGAAGGGAGAUGCUCAGAAGUGGAUCUGGCUCACGCCGGACGGGGAGGUGGCCUUCGUCGACCUGGCCACCUUUCGAGUGCUGGCCCUUCGGCGCUCGGGCCCUUUCCCAGCACGGCAUGCUGGGAAUAUCUACUCCUUCGACGAAGUGGCGGCGGAGGACAUGCAGGGCUACCUCGAGGAGGCCAGGGCCCUGGGCACGAUCCUCGGGUUCGACCUCGCUGGCGUCGUGGGCCUCCCGGGGGACAAGUGGUACGUGAGCGACCCCACCUCGUCGCACUUCGGCGAGGAGGUGCCCCCCCAGGUCCUCGCCAACGAAGAGGUCCUGGUGCGUCGUGGGGAUGUCGGGCUGGUUCGGCUCGACGACGUCUGGAUCCACGCGAUCAAGGUGAGCGAGGGCCAGAACUUCGACACGUACCUGGCCCGAGCUCGCGGAGGCGCAGGCCGGGACCCGCGUGUCGUGGGCGACGAGAGGGACCAGGACGGAGGCAGGUACAUCGACUUCCGGGACUCGGUCCGUCGUAUGAAGGAGGCGACGAUCCCAGGUUGGCCUCUGCAGGGCCGCCGUGCCACGAGGGAAGCUGUGCUCUCCCUUCGAGACGGAGGUCAGGGCAACUGGGAGGAGCACCACACCACGUGGCUCCGACGCAGUGGAGUGGCCGAGCGCGGCAACGUCGCCCGCGAGCACCACAUGAUCUGCGUGUCUCUUCGGAUGAUGCAGCAGUUCGACCAGCUCGACCUGUUCAACAUUGCGGGCGCGGAGUACCUCGUCAGGCGGCUCAAGCAGCUGGAGUCGGCGACCCGCAAGAACCCUCGGGCGCCCGACUUCGAGGGGCUGGACCUCAUCCUCGACACGGGGGUCGACGACACGGGCGGCAUGGUGCUGCCGGAGUGCGACGGAUGGGUUGGCGACCAGGCGCGCGCCCGCGCCCAGACCAUGAAGGCGAAUCGGCAGUGGCAGGAGGAGAGGACGGCCGCGCAGCCCAAGGCGCCCCCGAAGGGGCCGAAGGGCGGCGGGGCCGACGCUGGCAACGGGUGCUCCAGCGACGCUCUCGUGAACACCGUGUUCGUGAGGCAGUUCGCUCGAUCAACUGUCUCGCCGCCUGCACGGUGCGCCAUCGUGGCCGCGGGCCAGGAGCUCCUCAAGUCCGACUCGCUCUACGGUGGCGCGCCGUCCAAGGUCGUCCCGCACGAGGAGUCCAAGCUCGAGUUCUGGCAGUCCUCGGUCACGCCUCGAGACGUGGAGGAGGUCUGCCCCAAGUUCGUCGUCGACGCCUUCCGCGACCCCGACGCCUACAUCCGCAAGCCGGACCGCGUGGUGGAGCAGGACCUCGAGCUCCUGCCGCCGAUCAAGCCGUACUGGGACGCGCGGCUUGCCAGCGACGCCGGCCUUCGUCGGGACUUCCUUCUCAGGCUCGCGGGGCGGGGGCUGGUCGGCUUCCGGAGGCGGAUCAGGUCACGCGUGGGGUGUUUCUUCGUCGAGAAGAAGGGCGGGUGGAUCCGCCUGGUCGUCGACGCUCGGGACACCAACCGCACCCACUGGGCGCCCCCGCAUGCCGCCCUCGGGACCCCGGCUGCCCUCAGCGAGCAGGACUGGUCCGAUGCUGCGCUCUCGGACGCCGGGCGGGUUAGUGCUGAUGGCUCGCCCGCUCAGAUCUUCGGGUCGUCCCUCGACCUCCAGGACUCGUUCUACCAGUUCUUCUCGGAGCGCGUCGCGGAGGACUUCGGGUUGGACUUCCUUGAGCGGGCCUCCUACUACCAGGUCUCCCGCAUCUGGACGCCCGACGGCCUGUCCCCUGUCGACCCCGACGAGCUCGUGUCCCCGGUCUUCCGCGGGGUGCCGAUGGGGUGGUCAUGGGCACUCUGGGCCGUGCACUCGUCCGUCACGUCCUGGGUCUCUGACACGCUGCCGGGGGGUGCCCGACGCCUGCUGCUUGACAAGCAGCCGGCCCCCGUCGCGGCACCCUUCCGCCCCACAGGGUCGGUCUACGUGGACAAUGUCUCGUUCCUGGGCCUCUCGAGCGACGAUGUCGGGCAGGCGCUGCAGGCCGCGAAGGACAGGCUCGACUCGCUCGGCAUCGCGUACCACGAGGUCGAGGGCCCGGCCACGCACUUCACCACCGUCGGCGUCGAGUACGACGGGAGGCGGAGGCGUCUGCGUCAUUCCGAUCACCGAGCCUGGCGUCUUUAUUUGGCCUGUCAGGAGCUCGAGCGCCCUGGGGCCCCGCGCGCGGCCUGGCAGAUCCGAGUGUUCCUCGGGCAUUGUGUGCAGCACUGCCUGCUGCUGCGGCCGGCCCUCUCGAUCUUCCGCCUGCUCCACCGCCUCGUGGACGCGCAGGGUCAGGGGCCUCCAGUCGCACUGUCUGCUGGGGCCCGUCGGGAGAUCCAGCUCUUCAGGGGCCUCAUCUUCCAGGCCGUCGUCUUCUUGGACCGGCCGAUGUCCUCCCUGGUUUUGUGCUCCGACUCGUCCGAGGCAGGCUACGCCCUCCACCGCCGACGCGCUGACGUUCGACUCCUUCGGCAGCAGGCUGCUACCCGGGAGAGGUGGAGGUUCGUCCCCGACGAGAAGCGGCCCGACGCGGCGCUCGACGACACCUUCUCCCCGGGCUGGGUACCGGGCGCUGGAGGGGUGCUGGGGGAGCCGCCGGGCGCUACAGGCGUGGCCGUCUGGGCCCCCCCGCCGACCCGCUCGAGGGAGGGCGCCCGAGGCGUGCUCAAGGGCCGUCUCAGGCCCACCGUGCGACCUGCUGGCGCCUCCGUGCCCGACAGCCUCGUCGAUCCCAGGGACUGGUCUCUCAUCGUGGAGGGCGCCUGGCGCCGCGGGGGGCCCAUUCACCUGCUGGAGGGCCGCAUCGCCCUGGGGGGCCUGCGGCACGCCGCCCGGCAGGUCGACUGCCAUGGCUCCCGAGUGCUCAGCCUGGGCGACAACAUGUCGGAGCUCCUCUCCAUCGAGAAGGGGCGGGCCGUGGACCUCGGCCUCGCUUGUCUGUGCCGGAGGGCCGCCGCCUACCAGAUCGCCUGCGGGAUCUCCUGGCGGCGCCGGCACCUCGACACGGACCGCAACCUCAGUGACGCGGGGUCGAGGAAGGCGCUGCAGGGCGUCUACCGCCCUGGGCAGCGGCGGGUCGGCGGCAGGUCGGAGAGGCCCGCUCCGCCCGCGGGGUGCCCGCAGUCGGCGCCGCCGACGCCGGCCCCGCCGGCGCCCUCGGCGAUCGCCAGCUGGCCAGUCGCCGAGGAGGCUCGCGAGCCUCCCCCCGCGGCGCGGCUGCGCGGCGGCCGACUGCAGUCCUGCCCGCCGCGGCCGCCGCCGCGGGCUCCUGGGGCUGCUGGCCGCUGCGGGCCGCGGCGCGCCCCACGGCCACAAGAGGGGCCUGCAGCCGGCGCCCCUGGCCACCCUGCACGCGAGGCGACGUUCGACGAGGCCGAGGGGGCCCGCGAGCUGUCGCCGCCGGUCGGGCUGGCUGUCGCGGCUCCGAUCGACAUCAAGUUCGGGGGUUGGGGCGACCUGCUUCGGCCCAGCAUCGAGACCGUCGUUCGCCAGUGGAUCGUCUCUCGCAAGGUCUGGUUCGUGCACUUCGGGACUCCGUGCACUCCGUGGUGGUCCCUCGAGAACCCCCGGGGAUCCCGGCUCUUCUCUUGGGGGCCUCUCCAGAAGUUCCUGUCCGAGCAUAGCAAGGUCUCCGUGGUGUAUGACUGCUGUCAGUUUGGAGCCCCGUACCAGAAGCCCACCAGGAUUGAGUCUGACCUCCCCGAGCUCGGUAUCCUUGAAAGGCGUUGUCUUGGAGGUCAUGCCCACGAGCAUCUUCAGGGGAAGGUCAAGGUCCGUGAUCGCCAGGGUCGGCUCAAGCAGUUCUGGCGCACGACUCUGGCUGGCGCCUACCCUCCUGGUGUCUGCCACAGCGCCGCUCGGGCCUUGGCGCGCGCGGCGCCCGCGGGAGCCUGGCGACCAGAUGGGGAUCCACUGCUGCCCGGUCACUGGGAGGCUCAGCUCCGCCGUGCAGCCAAGGUGGGCGACGACCAGCCGCCCCUCGAGUGCCCCAGCUGCCCGAGGAAGUGGGUGCCCGCUGACUCCUCGCCGGGCUUCCUGCGGCGCUCGCAGGUGCGGCCGGCCACUCAGGCCCGCUACCUCACCAGCGUCGUCGUGUUCGCCACGGCCAUGGGCGUUGUCGCCGACCGCUGGGUGAGCAAAGACCUCCCCCUGGUGGACACGCUCCUCGAGGAGUACUUCGAGCAGCUCUACGUCGACGGCGGCAGCAAGAGCACGGCCCGCUACACCUUGGCCGCCUUGGCCUACCGUUUCAGCGUGUCGCUUCGUGCCCCAGGCGUCUUCCCGAAGGCGAAGGGCGCCCUCGCCGGCUGGGGCAAGCUCGAGCCGGACGUCACCUCGGAGCCGCUCUGCUGGGCGGCAGCGUGCUUGAUGGCCCUGUACCUGGCCGGCCUCAACACGGAGACUGCCCUGCAGGCCGCCCGCGGCCUGGUGGUGCAGUUUGACACGUACUUGCGCCCUGGAGAGCUGCUGGACCUCCGCGUGCCCUGCUGCAUCCUGCCGCAGCCGAGUGCCGGCUCAGGAUACAACAAGAUGGGGCUCGUCGUCGGUGCCUCCGCGCUGGUCAUGGGUGACGACGCGCGCACGCGCGUCACCAAGACUGGCCUCCAGGACGACACCGUGCUCAUCGAUGGCCAGUCUCGUGCGGGUGUGGCUGGCGCACUCAUGGCCCUCGUCAAGAGCGCCAACCAAGCCCGCCAGGGGCGCCUCAUGUUCCUCCACUCGUACGCUUCGUACAACCGCUUGCUCAAGAAGGCCGCCGUCGCCGUCGGCCUCCCGACCAAGGUCACGGCCCACCUCCCUCGGCACGGCGGUCCGUCGGAGGACUACCUGAGAGGCGCCCGUUCGCUGGCCGACAUUCAGUCUCGCGGCAGGUGGUCGAGCUUCCGUUCUGUACAGCGCUAUCAGAAGAGCGGCCGUGCUCUUGCAUCCUUCAGACGCCUCUCGGCCGCUGUGAAGGCAGAGGCUAAGCGUGCUGAGGCCUUGCAGUUGUCCUUCCUCUCGUAA